AUGACAUUAUCUUUAGCGGAGUCCGAUCGGGAGAGCGGCGCGAGCUCGCCGGAGGGGGGCACGGCGCGCGCGCAGUUAGCCGAGCCGCGAACCCCCUCACCCCGCGCCCGCACCCCGCAGCAUCAGCAGCCACACAUGAAUGGCUCCAUGGCGAUGUUCCAAAAUCUGCAAAAUCUAGCUAACAUGCAGCAGAACAUGCCUCCAAUGUCGCAGCAGUUGCAGCAACAGAUGUCGCAACAAAUGUCGCAGCUAGCCGCCAACCUUCAAGGGCUCACCUCCAUGCCCAGCAACCCUGUUAUUAAUUCGCCGCUGAACUUAAGCGUCAGUGCGCCAGGUAUGGGUUCUCCGAAUCCGGUGGCCAACAACAAUAUGCUACCACCAUCGAUGCCGUCCCCGAUGCCGCAGCUCAUUUUAGCAUCAGGACAGCUAGUGCAGGGCAUUCAAGGCGCUCAGCUUCUCAUACCUACAUCUCAAGGCAUAGCUACGCAGACAAUCCUCACAAUACCAGUCAAUCAUGUAAACUCUAACGACCAAAUGGUAAACCUAGCUCUAAACAACGGCCAAGUCGUCUCCACGUCCUUAGCCAACCUCCAAGCAAUGGCCCAACCUCAUCAGCUGCUGAACUCUAACCCACAACAGACUUCCAACAUUCGGCCGAACAUGUUAAAUCCAACAUUAUCGAAUGCUCUUCUAAAUCAAGGCUUGCCAAAUUUUUUGUCGAACGGUGCAACUAACGCCCAAGAAUUACUCCAAGCGUUGCAGCAACAACCACAGGCAAACCAUAACCUUCUGCAGACAGUACAGCAGAACAGUAUGCCACAGCAAAUGCCAGGGAGACGGUCCUCGUCGCCACGUCCCGAAAGACAUUAUAAAGAAAGAGAAAACUUUGAGAGGUUCGCUGGAGGAUCAAGAGAAAGAAGCGAGAGGGAAAAUGUUGGAUCAGUAUCAAUGAACAACAUCAACAGGCUUGCAUCGUCGAAUGGUGAAAUAACAAUCACAACGUCUCACAAUGCUAACGCUGGACCAGCUAGCAGCGCAGGCAGUGCCGGAUCCGGACCAAUCUCAUCGCCCCAUGCUCCUGUAAAAAUGUCACCUGGAUCUGUGAAGUCACCCUCACACGAUGACAGUGACCUACUUGCUGAUUCACCAAAUCAGCCCACCAUCAGUCAGUCAUCCAGCAACGUAGUCGACGGUAUCAACCUGGAAGAUAUCAAAGAAUUCGCUAAGGCCUUCAAACUCCGGCGGCUCGGCCUCGGCCUCACGCAGACUCAAGUGGGUCAGGCCUUGUCUGUCACUGAAGGCCCCGCAUACAGUCAAAGCGCGAUUUGCAGUGCCCUGGCUUCGCAGAUGCUAGCAGCUCAGCUGUCUUCACAACAACAAAACAUAUUUGAGAAAUUGGAUAUAACACCAAAAAGUGCGCAGAAAAUCAAACCGGUGCUCGAACGUUGGAUGAAGGAAGCCGAAGAGAGGUACGCCUCCGGUCAAAACCAUCUGACAGAUUUCAUUGGCAUGGAACCGAGCAAGAAACGAAAACGACGAACUUCAUUCACACCUCAGGCUUUGGAACUACUCAACGCGCAUUUUGAAAGAAACACCCAUCCGUCUGGAACUGAAAUUACCGGUUUAGCGCAUCAAUUGGGUUACGAACGUGAAGUCAUCAGAAUAUGGUUCUGCAAUAAGCGGCAGGCGCUCAAGAACACCGUCAGAAUGAUGUCCAAAGGCAUGGUCUAA